UGUGGCGCGUCCCGACGCCUUUCCACGUCGCAGUCGAGUCAACCGACUAGCGUGCUGUGUAUGUCUGCGUGUCUCCGGCUAGGCUAGUCGAGGGAGUGAUGGCGGCGCCCGUUCUGAGAGUCUCCACCCCGCGCUGGGAAGGAAUAGCCCGGCUGCUGGUCUGCCUGCUGGGCAUCCUAUUGUCCCUUUAUGCGUUCCACGUCGAGAGAGAAAAGGCCCGGGAUCCUUCUUAUAAGGCUAUGUGCGACGUCAGCAGCUCCAUCAGCUGCUCUAAAGUGUUCAGCUCAAGGUGGGGUCGAGGAUUUGGACUCUUGGGUUCCAUUUUUGGAAAUGACAGUGCACUGAACCAACCAAACAGUGUAUAUGGAAUUCUUUUUUAUGCUUUCCAACUCUUACUAGGAAUGACUGUGAGCGCGAUGGCUGCCCUCAUUCUAAUGACGACAUCCAUUUUGUCCGUGAUGGGCUCGCUCUACCUGGGCUACAUCCUCUACUUUGUCCUGAAGGACUUGUGCAUCAUCUGCAUCACCACAUAUGCGCUGAACUUCAUUCUCUUGACACUCAACUACAAGCGACUGGUAUACUUGAACGAGGCCUGGAAGCAGCAGCUUCAAGUCAAGCAGGACUAAAGCUGUCCGAGCGCAGCAAGAAAAUGUGACAAACAAAAAAGAAAUGUGACUGACUGCCACCAGGAGACCUUGCUUCCAAACAAAUGUUCAUUCUGCUGUGUGUUCAACAAAAAAAACGACAACAAAAAGAAGAAAUCUAACCUAUUCGUUGGUCCUGACACCUCUCAAUUGUGGAAGGAUUCCGAACGAGAGGUAAUUUUAUUUUCAAGUGUUUCAAAUUCUAAAUUGUUGAAACAUUCUCGUCGCGACCAGAACAAGGCAUCAGCCUGAGUGAGCGAAAGGCGUUUGCACAAAAGCAUGUGGCAAGCCACAUUGUCUCAAACAAGAAGGAUCUCAUAUGAGACAAGCGCAGCAGAUGCGUUAAAAAAAAAGUAAGACGCUGGAUUCCAAAAUGACCGUUAAGUACAGCCAAGAGCCUGCAGGUGAGUCUUGAAAUGUCGAGUUUGGAGGGCACAAAAACAUUGACAAUAAUAUAGAUUUUUUUUGUUGGGGGGUGGUCCCUUCAUGUUUACACUUUGUGGUAUGCUUUUUGUUAUUGUCUUCAAGAGGACCACUAAAAAUGAACGUGUGUAGAUGGGUGAGUUGGUUUGUUUUCCAAUUGUGUACAUACUGUAGCUGCUGAGCAAUAUUUCCAGAGAGGUUGGUUGGCAAAAAAAGGGGAAACUAGACCAUGCAACGAAAAAAGUCGCUGUGAAGCCGAAAAGGUUCUUUUCACCGAGUGCCAUCACAUCUGGAGUUGUGUGUUCCCCACUGAAAAACGUAUGUGCCUGAAGCAUUCAUUUGAUUUCAUUUGAAACCGGGGGUGAAUUCGACCACCACAUUUGCUCGGUUAUUUUCCUGUCACCGGUGCAGGGUGGUAUUAUUAUAAUUUUUUUUAGGCUCACAGUUUUUCUAAUGUAAGAUACCAGUUGAGUGUUACUCUCUUCUCAAGUUGACGCGGUAGCAGAGGCAGCUACACUGGGGUAGUUAGCGUCAAUGUCCAUUGAACAAGUAAUGGUGAUGCCGCCCAGCUGAGUUACAGUUCAUUUGCUGGACAAACCUUGAGGUGCCGGGGAGGGGGAGGGUGGUGUUCUGUGUUGAUUCACAUAACAGAAGCAAAACCAGUCGUUGGGAGUCCUGAAACGGCAACGGCAAGCCAUACAAGGGCAAGCGGGUGUUUGGGAUAAACAGCUGAACGCUUCCCAUCGUACCACGAGUAAUCCAUUGACAGAGAAGUUGCAUCAGUUCUAACCAAGAAGUUCUGGGGCCACGGAAUGAAAGAAAAUCAUUUAACUGAAGCUAAAGGGAUGAACGUUUUUCAUUUUGUGAGAAAGUCUGAUGAGAACGAAGCUGAAAUGUGUAGCACGACCUUGUCUGCUGCCGAGCCAGAUUUUUAGACUCUUCCUCAUAAUAUCCCGACUUGAUUGUCAUCGUAUGACAUGAUUAAUACUCCUUCGUACGUUCCCACUCACAAGCCCCACUUAAAUCUCCUGUGGGCCACUGGAUACUUUCACGACCACAACUGUGUAGUGAGCCAAUUAAAAAUAGAAUUUGAAGCAUGCUAUGAGCCAGUUUUCUUUGUAAAGGGAUGGCCUGUCUUUUUUUUUUUCCCCCACCAAGUAUGAUGUUAGCAACCGUUAGCAAAGUCAUUUCAGGCAUCUCCUUCCUGUAAUAAAUUGAGCAGUUCAGAUUGAUUGAGCGGAUUGCAAUUUUCCCCAAAUUGCUGUCCAACAAAAGUUACAAAACCUCUUCCCAUGUCCCAAAGCAGAAUGUCAUUUGUAUUAAAAAAACAACAAAAACAGUUAUACCUCAAUAUUAAAGAAACUGCUUUAAAUUCACUGAAGAAAAUGCGAGCUUGUAGACCAAUGUAAAACAUGGUGGAAUGUUUUCGGCGGUCACUUGGUGGUUGAGUGGCUAUCACUCCCCAAAACAUGCAGUUUGUAUGAUAUGACGUGGUUAUUUCAAUUAUCCUCCUGACAUAGUGUAUCUUUUUUUUUUUAAUCAACAUGAGGUCACCCCCCCCCUUUUUUUUUUUUUUUUUUUUGAAGAUGGGGUUUGACAUUGUGUUUAGUGAGCAAUUCAUGACAUGUUACUUGAACACAGAUUCACAUAUUUAUGCUAUUUGGCUGUAAAGGGAUUUUUUUUGAGGGGGGGUGCAUUUAAUGUUAAAUAGGAAAAAAAUGUUUCUCAGUUGUAUUUGUUCAAUAUUGAGUGAGGCUCCGAGGAUAACUGCCAUGCAAGUUGCAUCACCACUGUCAACUUAAGUGCCUUCUGUUUGAUCACCAGGCCUUGAGCCAAAAGACGGGCAAGUGAUAGCCUUUCAAAUGACCAAUGUAACAGGCACUUUUGUUUCCUUCCCUGACAAUUGAAAUGGAGAAUUCGGAAAUAUUGCCCCUCCCAAAAUGACCAAACCUAAAUCCCUGUCAAGCAAAUUGGCCAUUCCAUAUCUCUGACGUAAACUACACUGUUAAGUGUUCAAUUUUGUCUACCUGUGGGACAUGAUAGGAAGGUAUACAGGUUUCAUCAAAAGGAUUGCAAUGUUCUGCAUCUUUAGGCCCUUUAGCUGUAUGGACUGUUAACGUUCUGGAUCAUUUUAGUUAAAAACAAAACAAAAAACUUGCGUUAAAGUGUGUUUCGGAUUUUUUUUUUCUUGUGGAGGAAAACUUACUGGGUUUGCUUCUGUAUUGCCAAAUGUGUUAUAAAACGCGGUAUUUUCUUACUUGGAAAAGUGUUACACCCAAUUGCAGGAGGGCGUGUUCAAACUUUAAGGGAAAACUGGAUGAGACUGACAUGAGAAGAUUGAAAUCGGUGGCACUGUCGUGGAAAUGAUCAAACAUUAAAACAUUCCCUCAGAAACCAA